CGCGAGAAGUCGAGGCCCGCUGAGCAGUGGCCGAGGUCUCGGCAGCCUAGUUCUCUGAGUAGAAGCGUGGACUUCACUGAUGAGAGAAAGAAAUUGAGCGGACCAGGCAAUGGCGCAGUUAGAGCACUGCAGAGCUCCAUGAUUGAUAAUAGACUGGUUUCGCAUGGAAGCGUCGCUUCAGAUUCAACAAGUGCUGAUAAGGAUAGGGCAGAUUCUUCGGCGGUUGGGUAUGAUUCCAUCGUAUCUGAUACAGAGAGCGUGUCUUCCGGUAGCACUGUUUCUGGAGGGCAAGAGAGGAUUGGAAGAGAGCAAAGGCUGUCUGCUCGUGGGGUUGUGGUUCCAGCUAGAUUUUUGCAAUUGACAAAUAGUUGUCCCCGGCAGCAGCAAGAGCCUGGCUCACCAAUGUCUAAAACUAAUGGACUGAAGCCAAUGGCAUCCACGAAGCUCAUUGCUGUGCCGAGAAAGUUCUCUGUGGAUAGUCCUGUAUCAUCUCCAAAAGCAGUAGUCAACACGAGAGGGCAGUUAUUGCCAAUGCGUGAUCAGCUUCGACCUGCUUCACCUAGCAAGUUGGCAACACCCGCAGCUUCUCUUCUGAGAGGAGCGAGCACACCUAGAGGAGUAAGCCCUUCGAGAGGCAUGAGCCCUUCAAGAGGUUUGAGCCCUUCAAGAGGGAUAAGCCCUUCAAGAGGAAUGAGCCCUUCAAGAGGAAUGAGCCCUUCAAGAGUGAGAAGUACGUUGAAUAAUAGCUUCUGCAACACACCUUCCAUUUUGAGUUUUGCAGCUGAUGCUAAAAGAGGGAAGAUCGGAGAGAAUCAGGUAGCUGAUGCUCACUUGUUGAGGCUCUUCUACAACAGGUUGCUGCAGUGGCGUUUUGCUAAUGCACGGGCAAAUACAGUUUUAUCUGUGCAGAAAAUGAGAGUGGAGAGAAGCCUUUGCAAUGCGUGGAUAAGCAUGUCAAAGUUGUAUGAUACUGUCAUACUGAAAAGAACUGAAAUGCAGCUGCUAAAGCAGAAUCUGAAGUUGAUUUCCAUUCUCGAUGGCCAAAUGACAUAUCUGGAAGAAUGGAAUGCCAUGGACCGGGAAUAUACGAGUUCCGUAGUGGGAGCUGUCGAAGCCUUGAGAGGGAGCACAGUUUGUCUACCAGUUGUUUCCGGGGCAAUGGCUAAUGUGCAGAGUGUCAAAGAUGCAAUCUGCUCAGCAGUUGAUGUUAUGCAGGCAAUGGCAUCUUCCAUAUGCUUAUUGCUGCCAAAGGUGAGUAAAUUAAGCGGUAUAGCAGGAGACCUAGCCAGCGUAAAUCACAAGGAGCAAGGUAUGCUCGACGAAUGCAUGGACCUCCUCUCAACAAUCGGAGCACUGCAGGUUACAGAAUGCAGCUUGAGAACGCAGGAUUUGCAGCAACAACAUCAUCAACCUUCAAACAAUCUGACAACCCAAAGCGUGAAGUGAACAAAAAGUGUUUCUCUGUGUGUGUGUGUCUUUUUCAUUUUGAUCCAACAUGGGUUUUAACAUCAGUCAAUGGGGAUGAUGGUAGGGAGAAGUCACAGUUGUUUCUCUUGUAGGGUUUAACCACAAGUUUUAGUGUAAAUAUAUGGCCAUAUAUGCUUUUUAUUUUGAUGAUUCCAUUCCUUGGCUU